AGUGGGGCACCGGGGAAGAGAGCCCAGCGCUAGCUCGGGGCUGCUGGGGGAGGCGGUGGUGGCGGCUGUGGGGAGGAAGAAGGAGGAGCGGGGCCAGCGGGAGGCAGCGACGGCGACCCAGUCAGGGUGAUGGUGCAGGUGCCCGGGGCCGGCGCGGAGCUGCCGGGCUGAGGGGCUCUCGGUCCACCGUCCGCAGCGCCGCCGCGUCGCUCCCGGGGACGGGCGAGCGGGCGGGAAGAUGCUGAGCAGGUUGAUGAGCGGCAGCAGCAGGAGCCUGGAGCGCGAGUACAGCUGCACCGUGCGGCUGCUGGACGACAGCGAGUACACCUGCACCAUCCAGAGAGAUGCCAAAGGCCAGUACCUGUUUGACCUCCUUUGCCACCACCUGAACCUCCUUGAGAAAGACUAUUUUGGAAUCCGCUUUGUGGACCCGGAUAAGCAGCGGCAUUGGUUGGAGUUUACCAAGUCGGUGGUGAAGCAGCUGAGAUCUCAGCCUCCAUUCACCAUGUGCUUCCGUGUGAAAUUUUACCCUGCAGACCCUGCUGCCCUGAAAGAAGAAAUAACCAGGUAUUUAGUCUUCCUACAGAUCAAAAGGGAUCUCUACCAUGGCCGGCUCCUCUGUAAAACAUCCGAUGCUGCCUUGUUAGCAGCUUAUAUCCUUCAAGCGGAGAUCGGAGAUUAUGACCCCGGGAAGCACCCUGAAGGCUACAGCUCCAAGUUCCAGUUUUUCCCUAAGCAUUCCGAGAAGCUGGAGAAGAAAAUUGCUGAGAUUCACAAGACAGAGCUCAGUGGCCAAACACCAGCAACCUCAGAGCUGAACUUCUUAAGAAAAGCGCAGACACUGGAGACGUAUGGAGUGGAUCCUCACCCGUGUAAGGACGUGUCAGGAAACGCUGCAUUUCUGGCCUUCACUCCGUUUGGGUUUGUUGUUCUCCAAGGAAACAAGAGGGUCCACUUCAUCAAGUGGAAUGAGGUGACCAAGCUGAAGUUUGAAGGGAAGACGUUUUAUUUAUACGUAAGUCAGAAAGAGGAAAAGAAAAUUAUUCUCACAUAUUUUGCUCCAACUCCAGAAGCCUGCAAGCAUCUCUGGAAAUGUGGAAUUGAGAACCAAGCCUUCUACAAGCUGGAGAAGUCAAGCCAAGUCCGCACAGUGUCCAGCAGCAAUUUAUUCUUUAAAGGAAGCCGGUUCCGAUACAGUGGCCGAGUUGCAAAGGAAGUAAUGGAGUCAAGUGCCAAGAUCAAACGGGAGCCACCAGAAAUACACAGGGCGGGGAUGGUGCCCAGCCGGAGCUGCCCCUCCAUCACCCACGGCCCGCGGCUCAGCAGCGUGCCCCGGACUCGGAGGAGAGCCGUGCACAUCUCCAUCAUGGAAGGCCUCGAGUCCCUGCGCGACAGCGCCCAUUCCACUCCUGUGCGCUCCUCUUCCCACGGGGACUCCUUCCUGCCCCACGUGAGAGGCAGCCGCGCGGACAGCAGCGAGCGAGUGGCCGUGAUCGCGGACGAGGCCUACAGCCCCGCCGACAGCAUGCUGCCCACGCCCGUGGCCGAGCACAGCCUGGAGCUGCUGCUGCUGUCCCGGCAGAUCAACGGGGCCACCUGCAGCAUCGAGGAGGAAAAGGAGUCCGAGGCCAGCACCCCGACGGCUGCCGAGGCGGAGGCCCCGGGAGGAGAGCUAAGGGCCCUGUGCCAGGCGCACGGCGGGCCCGCGGAGGAACAGGUGAAUAAGUUUGUUUUAAGUGUCCUCCGUUUGCUCCUUGUGACCAUGGGACUCCUCUUUGUCUUGCUCCUCCUCCUGAUCAUCCUUACCGAGUCUGACCUUGACAUUGCCUUUUUCCGCGAUAUCCGCCAGACCCCCGAGUUUGAACAAUUCCACUAUCAAUACUUUUGUCCCCUCAGGCGAUGGUUUGCCUGCAAAAUCCGCUCAGUGGUGAGCCUGCUCAUUGACACCUGAGAAGGCAUGACUCCACCCACUCACUAGCCAGGCGGACCGGAGCCCGGCUGCCCUUCCCAGCAAUGGGACCCAUCGCGGACCAUCGGCACACACCCCAGGCCCUUCUCUCAUGACUAGAGUCCACUGCAGCCUAGGCGGGUUGUUUCCCAGAAGAAGGAAAGCAAGGAUAGGCUUGGGCCCCGUUAACCCACCCGGGAAAACUCGUUUUCUUCAGAGGUUCUUUUCAAGGAAGGCUCAGCCACUCUGUAACUCAUCCUUUGAUUUGCAGGAUAAUUUUUGGUUUUGGAUUUUGAUUUUUCAUAGAUGUGUAUUAUUUUGAAAAAGUAUCCAAAUAAAAAUGAUUUAUUUUACUA